AUGGUGCGUGUGGAGGAUGCUGUAUUGAAAGCACUGCUCGCAGUGCAAGCACAGAUUGCUGCAGCCAGUAGAAAUGUUGUCGUCUAUCCCAAGUGUUGCUUUGAGCUGUUUGGUUUCGAUGUUUUGAUUGAUACUGUGAUGAAACCUUGGCUUCUGGAAGUGAAUCUUUCGCCCAGCUUGAGCUGGUUCGUUUUUUCCUUUUUUUUGUUUUUCCUGGAGUACUGUUUCAUUGCAGAUUUGUCAUUUGCUGGAGAGAACCUCCGUGAAGAGUUUCCAAAGAAACCGUUGCAAAAUAGUCAAGAAGAAUCGGAAUUACGCGCAAAAUGCUUGAGAUUUUGA